GCAUGACCAGUGAAAUGAUUCACUAUGGUAUUCCUUUAAAGCAAAGGAAGGAAUUCCAAAGAACUCGUUGGCGGAAAAUAAAAACGGCGCAUUUUGCGCUUUAAGAUUCAUUCUAAGACCGGAAGCGAAACAAGAAACAAGAUGCCGAAUCCUAAUAGUAAACUAACAGAUCGUGGGCGGAAAAAAAUUGUGGUUAUUGGAGCUGGACCGGUGGGUUGUGCUGAAGCAUUAUGGAUGGAAAAACGUGGUCAUCAUGUGGAUGUAUACGAAAUGCGGGAAGACCCUCGGAUUUCAAUAGACGAGAAAGGAAGCAAAAGUAUAAACUUGACAAUUUCCCACAGGGGUCUGUCCUCCCUGGAGAAGAUCAACAUGAAAGACCGUGUUUGUAGGAAGGCGAUACCAUGCUAUGGCAGGAUGAUACACGACAGAGACAAGACAACACGGAUCAGUCUGUACGGAGAGAAAAACGAGUCCAUACUGUCGGUCAACAGAGAAGUGCUUCAUACAGAACUUGUAGAUGCUGUUGACAAAUGCCCAAACACGAGAAUAUUCUUCAAUCACAAACUUGUUGGGACGAAUUUUGACAAAACAGAAGUAACGUUCCAAACACCGGAUCCGAACAGACCAGCAGACGAUAAAGACAAUGUGACGAUAACCAGUACAGUGAAAGCAGACGUGAUUCUUGGAUGUGAUGGAGCGAACUCCUGUAUGAGAAAAUACAUGAACAGGGAGUCAUACCUGAGAUACAAGGAAGAGAGUAUUGAUGAACGCUACACAGAACUGACCAUGCCAGCUACAAAACACAACAAGUUUGCCAUGAAGGAAAACUACUUACAUAUCUGGGCCAGGGAUGAGUUUAUGUUGCUCGCAUUACCAAAUCAGGACAAGUCUUUCACUGUGACUCUUUUCAUGCCGACCAACGUGUUCGAGUCUCUGACUGACCGUGAAGCCGCCACUGCAUUCGUUAACGAACAUUUUGCUGAUGCAGUGUCUCUAAUUGGAGAGGAGCAGAUCGUCGACAGGCUCACUAGCAGAGGGAACGCUCACUCUCUAAUGUGGGUCAAGUGUUCGAGGUACAAUAUUGAUGGGAAAGUGUUGUUGCUAGGCGAUGCAGCGCAUGCAAUGGUACCAUUUUAUGGACAAGGUGUUAACUGUGGAUUUGAAGACCUUAUGGUACUUGAUAAACUUCUGGAUGACCAUAACGAGGAUUUUGAGAAAGCAAUGAAUGCAUUUUCUGAAAAACGAACCGAAGACGCUGCAGCGAUGUGUGACCUGUCUCUAGAAAACUACAAUGAGUUGAAAAGAAAAGUGAACACCCCUUGGCUUUCCUGUAGAAAACGUAUAGACAGUAUUUUGUACAGAGUAUUUCCAAGUAGUUGGGUGCCAAUCUACACAAUGGUAGCAUUUUCAGAUAUACGCUACAGUGAUUGCGUUAGGAAAAGAAAAUGGCAAAACAAGAUGAUUUACGGAGGCGUUUGCGCAGUCGUCAUAGCAGUUUCUGUGAUUACAGGGUUGUGCAGCAUUGCAUACACGCACGGGUUUACGUCAUAGUAGCGGCUUGUGGCUUUAUGUACCCAGAUAAUCUUGUACAGAAAGGCAACGGUGUAUAUAUAAUAAGGAGAAGUCCAGUCCUGUCCGGAGUAACUGACUUGUAAUUCAUUACUAGUUGCUUGUGAAUAAAAGAUUAGCAGGAUGUUUAAUAUAUGUGCAAUAGAAGAUAAAGUGAAUGAUAACAGUAAGAGAAUUUGUGCAAUGUGACUGAUUUUAUGCAACAAGAACGAUGCCGAGGCAAGAAAUAGUCCCAACCUGUGGCUCUAAUCACUUCCUCUGACGUCCAAACUGAAAGCAUGAGGCAAAUCAGAUGUUUGACAACAACAGAAACAUUUUUUUCUCCAUAUAAGCAUUACGCAUUACCAUAUCCAACAGUAUAGUUUGGAGACUCGAUGGGUUCAAGGUGAAUUCUUAGGCAACUGGUACAGUUUCAGGAAAAUAAGUAGGAAGGUUCUUUUAAAGUGUAGAAAGAAACCAAAGAAAAUAGUAGCAUACUGUGUUUGUUUCAUUCUGUUCAUAGUACAAGUGUAUGAGAAUUCCAUUUUUGUGUUAGUUUUCUAAAGAAUGUGUAAAGGCGAUUUGCAAAAAAAAAAAAAAAAUAAAAUAAACAUGUACGUAAAUAAAUUGUUUUACCUCAUUUAUUAUUUCUAAAAAAAAUUAAAAGUCGUCCAUAUGGAUAUCUUUAACUAGCUGUAGUAAUGAAAAUAAGUGUAAUUUACUCUCUACUCAGUUCUAAUUACAAAACAAUCAGCUUCAGUUUUGUGAGAAUAUGGUAUUGUAUUAUAUCACCGUUCUGUAGUCAAGUAUUCCGAAUCCGGAAAAAAUUCAGUUUUAUUUUUUAUCGACGUAAAGUCCAGGCUAGAUUCAACAUUCAGUAAAGUGUCUGUGAUUUUUUAAUGUUACUGUAUAGGUCGGCAACAUUUGAGCUUUUCUGUGAUAAUUUUGAUAAGCUCAGCAUUUGUAUAUUUGGUGCGUUUUUAUAAAGAAAUGUUUGCGAAUAUUGUAAUAAGGGUAUUUCCGUUUGUACUUGUAAGUGAUUUAACUGAGAUCAUAUCAUGCUUUACAUUUCCUACAUACACAAAGGUGAACAGGAUAGACUUUUGACUUUGCUGGGUAUUCAAUUUUUAAAAAUAAAAUUACAUUUAAAGAUAUGAAAAUGCUUACUUACUUAUAUAAGUCAGAAGAAAUCGAUACAUGUAUUCGCAAAACACGUUUCAUAAACAUUCGUAGAACAUUCAGUGAAGUCGAAGCUCUACAAACAAAUCUUAAUGAACAGUUUGGAUAAGAUACAAAACAGAGUUACUCUUAAUAAAUGAAUAGUAGAUAAUUUCGCACGUGAAAUCCACACCAUGAUCUCGUGACACCAUGAAAUAAUAUGGUUUAUAAAAGUUUAUUGUAAUGAUAUAUCAAAGUACAAAACAUGUAUAGUCUGUCAAUUUUAAUGUACAAAACAUGUAUAGUUUGUCAAUUUUAAUGAUUUAACAUUAAAGUGUUGUAAAAAAACAUAUUUUAUCGACUCCCAAAUCUGGCAACUUCUUAUUUUUAGUCUUACGAUAGCGUUUAAUGUUUUUGGUUGAUGCAUAUACUACUAUGUAUUUAAAAUACAAGGACGCAAGUACAGUUAAUUUGAACACAUUUAUAUAUCGAAUAAUUAUUGUACUUGCCAAAUUAUGUGACAGAAAGUUUGUUUAAUUUUUUAUAACUUGUAAUCUGUUGCAUUGUUGUUACCUGCAUUUUAAUAUAAAUGAUAUAUUUAAAUAUAUCAUAUGACAUUUUAUCGCGUUUAAUAUCUUCUAACGUGUCCCCUUUGAAAUAUGAUUUCAGUCGGCGAACUCGUAAUUAGGAAAGUUCAGUACAUACUGAGUAGAUUGUGCUCUUGAGUUGAACUUUCCAAAUUUUGUCUGACUUUCUAAAACUGUUACUACUUACAAGUCAGUAUUUUUUUCAUAUAUAUUUCACGUACGUUUAAGAAUACCAUUAUCGCUCAUAUGUAUACGGAUGGUUGAAGAGAGACAACCGCGAUUUAUAUUUCAUACUUACAAAGAGAGCACAGUAAACCAAAUUCCAGAAGGCAAAUAUUUCCCCAACAAUACCACUGAUACAGCAAAUUUGUGCUCUAGUAGUUUGAAAAGAACGCAUGCCGUUAAUUGUGCCCCAGAAGGUUGCAUAGAACACAUGUUAACGGCAUGCGUUCUUUUCAAACUACUAGAGCACACACUGUACCUAGCCCAUCAACAUACUACUAACCUACUGUUUGAACCCCAGCACAGAUUCCGUGAAAACGAUUCUGUAAGACCAACUAUUUUAUAGUAUAGAAUUGAUCAAAAUCUCACAACAGAUAAACAGACCCAACCACAUUAAUGGGUGCACAUUAUUGUGGGUCGUAUGUGUCUUACAUUUUACCGAUUAGAUUGGUUAUUUCUUAAUUUAACGAAGUUAAGUACGUCGUUUUCAUUUUUUUGCUAACCUGACUACUAGUAUGCCACGUUAGGAAAACUUGAAAAUUGCUAUAAAAUACCAUAUUUCACUUUUUUACAUGUAACUAAUUUUUACCACGAAAAGGGUAAGAUGUAUUGUAUUUGCAUUGAUUUGACUAUCUGUCAUAUGUUUUCGCGACUUGAAAUAUAAUUGAUUUGCGACUAUCAUAGAAAGAUUUAAGCUAGGAUAGGCCCCUUCUGUUUGGCCACCACACACACAGGUCAACUUACACAAGCUGAAAAUGGAUUAGCGGAGUACAAUCAGAGGAGUCAAAAUGACUAUUUAAGCAACGUACUUAGUUAACAUAAAUGCAAAAUACUCUUGAAUGGGGUGUCGUUGACAACAGACGUUUUGAAAAGUCAUUUAGAUUCCAAACUUGGCCAUGUACUGCAAGAUAUAGCAUUAUCUUGUAGCUUUCACCUUCCUGGAAUAUUUAGAACUCCUGACCAGAUUAACCAAACAUUACUCCAUCAGUCUCUGUCAAGUCCAUGUCUGUUUAGAUUAUUUUAAGUACAUUUUUCCAAACACGACAGUCCUAUGUAAUAGGUAACUCCUCGCCCCAUUCCACUCCCAGAUAUUACAACACUGCCUGACCUUGAGUCUCUUAAGACGGGGAUGUCACAGCUCAGCUACUAAUCGCCCCACUCCACUCCCAGAUAUUACAACACUGCCUGACCUUGAGUCUCUUAAGACGGGGGUGUCACAGCUCAGCUACUAAUUAAUGGCAAUUGUUUUUAUCCUGUUACUCCUUUUUAUAAGCUCACCUGAGCACGAAGUGCUCAAAGGUGAGCUUUUGUGAUCGCCCUGUGUUCGUCGUCGUCCGCCGUCAGUCAUCCGUCCGUCGUCCGUCUUCCGUCGUCAACAAUUUGACUGUUAACACUCUAGAAGUCACAAUUUUGGCCCACUCUAUGAAACUUGGUCAGAAUGUUACCCUUAAUAAAAUCUUGGAUGAGUUCAAUAUUGGGUCAUCUGGGGUCAAAAACUAGGUCACCAGGUCAAAUCAAAGGAAAAGCUUGUUAACACUCUAGAGGUCACAAUUUUGACCCAGUCUUAAUGAAACUUGGUCAGAUUGUUACCCUUAAUAAAAUCUUAAAUGUAUUUGAUAUCGGAUUAUCUAGAAUUAAAAAUUAGGUCACCGGGUCAAAUCAAAGGAAAAGCUUGUUAACACUCUAGAGGUCACAAUUUUAGAUCAAUCUACAGAAACUUAGUCAGAAUGUUACUCUUAAUAAAGUCUUGGAUGAGUUUGAUAUUGGUUUAUCUGGGGUCAAAAACUAGGUCACCAGGUCAAAUCAAAUGAAAAGCUUGAUAACACUGUAGAGGCCGCAUUUAUAACUGUAUCUUCAUGACUCUUGGUCAGAGUGUUAAUCUUGAUGGUCUCAAGGUUCAAUUUCAAUCUGGGUUAUGUAGGAUUAAAAACUAGGUCACCAGGUUAAAUCGAAGGAAAAGCUAGUUAACACUGUAGAGGCCACAUUUAUGACCAUAUCUUAAUAACACUUGGUCAGAAUGUUGAUCUUGAUGAUUUAUAGGUCAAGUUCAGAUCUGGGUCAGGUGGGGUCAAAAACUAGGUUACUAGGUCAAAUCAAAGGAAAUGCUUUUUAACACUCUAGAGGCCACAUUUAGGACUGUAUCUUCAUGAAACUUAGUCAGAAUGUUAAUCUUGAUGAUCUUUAGUUCAAGUUCGAAUCUAGGUCAUGUGGGGUCAAAAACUAGGUCACCGGGUCAAAUCAAAGGAAAAGCUAGUGGACACUUUAGAGACCACAUUUAUGACCAUAUCUUAAUGAAACCUGGUCAGAAUGUUAAUCUUGAUGAUCUUUAGGUCAAUAGGUCAGGUGAGCGAUACAGGACCUUCAUGGCCCUCUUGUCUUUAAUAUAAUAGCAAUACUGUUACGUUUCAGGAUUUUACUGUCGCCGAAAGAACCGUCUUUCAGCAUCUAUACUGUAUCUUCACUCACAGCCUAUGUGCACCCUGUCUAUAAUACUAUUGAGAAUUUCGAGGCAUGAAGAGACAGACAUUCUCGAAACAUACCCAUACAUUAUAUUUAUAAACAUAUUUACAAAACAUGUUUUUGUUCAUUCAGAGACAGACGGAUUUAGAAACAUUUAUAAAACAUUCGAUGAAGUCAAAAUUCUGCAAAAGCUUAAUGAGCUAAUUCCGUGAAUUAAUUACACGUGAAGUUAUUCUAACAAAUUGAAUUGUAAAUAAUUUCACAUGUUGUGAUAUAUAAAAUCCAUUGUGUAAAUAUUAAUGAUCUAACAUUUAACUGUUUUAUCGGACAUGAGUUAACUUUCUUUCAAAAAUAUCGUAUCGAUUUCCACACUUGUCAACCUCUUAGCUAUUUUAGUGAUGUGAUGGUGUUGAACACCAUUUAUGUAUACAUAUGUUGAUAGUGCCAUUUUGUUUAGAACUUACAACACAAUAAUAGUUUAUUUCAAAUACAUUUGUAGCAAAUAUUUUGCUACAUUUGUGUUCAAAAAAAAAUGUAACCAUAACACUGUUACAAGUUUAAAGUUACUUUAUUUAAUUAGAUACUUCUUUACAUCAUUUCAUCAGUCUCUAAAUGAUAAUGUAGAUUAGUGAACCAGUAACUUCUUAAACGUGUAAUCCAGUAAACUGGUAAACGUACAAUCUCGUAAACAUGAGAUCUCGACCUGAAACAUGUAAAUAAACUACUGGCUAGAAAUGAGUCAGAACAAUAACUAUCAAUAUCAUUAUAUAUAAUACAUAUAUUAUGUCUUUGUCGGCCUAAACGGACAAUAUUGAAUCCAGCUCUUCUUAUAAUGUUCAACAACUCAUUUCAAACAAAGUUCAUGAUGCGUACAUGUACAACAUACAUUUACUGUGUAGUAUGGACAGUGUACUGGUUCACUGAAUAAUAAUAUCACAACUAUUUACAUAAUAAAGUAUUCUAAGCAAUCAUUAUACAAUGAAUAAAAGAAAUAGUUCCGUCUUAUAUUCCGGGUUCACCAGUGCUGCUCAAAUGCCUUUUUUUACAUGAAUGACUAAUCAAAAAUACAAUAGUUAUUACAAUAACAACUUCUCAAUAAAUAUAAUUGUUUACCUUCAUCCAAGAGAUGAAUGUCUCCACUUUACCACACUGGCUCACUCAUUCGUGGCAGUACUGUGCUGGUUAGUAAGACCUGAAACACAGAGGGCCAACCACCAUUAUAGACAUGCAAAUUAGAGUAAUUAGAUGUAGAGAGCGGCAAUGCAAACCGAGUGACAGAAUAUGGACUCCAAACCCGAACGCGGAAACCAAUGACAACUUGAAUACUGAACAACAUAAAAACCAUACAACAGCAAUAAUUACAGGAAACUGACAAAGCAAUACAUUCUAAAAUAACAGAUACAUACUUCUAAAUGCUAUGUUAUUGUUAUUUUGUUGCAGUUUAGUCCUUGUUACUGUUUUAUGAUAUUUUAUACAUUUUAUAUUUAGAUGGAAUAUUUGCUAAUACAAUGAGACAUUUUA